CUUGGGGGCCUUUAUCACAUAUGAACUCGAUUGGCCUAAGUGACUUGGAUUUGUUUGGCAUGCCCACAGGGGCCCCACCAUGACAGUAAAACUAAUGACAGGAGAGAAUCUUAAAUCCCCUCCCCUCCCCCUCCUGCCUCACCAGAUUUGAUACAUAUGCCUGUUGCUUCUCAGCAGGGCCAGAAGCUGUGCCUUUUGCCUAGCACUAGCUACCAGGAGAUCUUCCUGUGAGAGGUGUCCAACAACUUCAGAGGAACCAGCAAUUCAGCAGUGGGAGCUCCGAGGCAGAGGCACACCGUUCAGGGCAGUAAGCCGAUACUUCUGCGUGGGUUGGGACUUGGGAAGAGAUGGAGAAGGAACACAUCAAGAUGGCCAUGCUGAAGCAAGAACAGACAUUCAGACAGCAGGUUCAUGAGCUGCACCGGGUGUACCGAGUUCAGAAGCAGCUGAUGAUGCAGAUGCAGGUUACUGAGACGAAAAACUAUUGCAACAUAGCUGCCGACGGACAAACUGAAUCAACAGUAAAGCUCGGUCGCCAACAAUGGUGCGCUAGCUCAGGCGACAAGGAGGCUACACUGGCAGAAGACUUCAACCUGGAGCUGACUCUGGCAACAGGUACUGGAAGGAGGAAGCAAGAGAAGCCGUCCAACUCAGACUCCGAAGCAACAAUAUCGUCAUCAACAUCUGCAGAAUCAGAGUCAGGGCGGAGAUUUGUGCCUGAGAAUGUAACCACCCUGAGGUUCCAGAAUGAGAGCAAUAGGCAUGAUGAUAAGGUCAUGCAGUCUCCUUGGCUCUACCAAUGUUUAAGUCUCAAGAUGGCAUGAGGGAGUAGUUAGGGUUGGCAUGAGAGUGCCUCAAGACUCAAAGCUCAAACAAAAACAAAUGCAUUGCUAUAUGUACAUUACAAGCAAAUUCGUUGCAACUUUAGAAGUGAGCUCAAAAGAAACAAACAUGAUCAA